CAUCUCCAGAUCUUCGUCACCGUCAAUCUCAGCGCGAUUCACCAACUCUGCUACCGCAUCCGUUGUUUGUUCCCUGUAGUAGAGAUUUCUGGAAGCCACAUCUUAUCCUCGGAAAGUGACUGUAUUUGCAGCUUGAGCUCCACCACCCCAAAUCCCUAAUUCCACUGGUCGCGGUGGUCAGUUCUGCCUCUGGGCACAAGAAACUGCUUGUGCCUCCUCGCAACCUCAAUCCGCCUCCAGGGCUCCCACCGCCAUCGAUCAUCACCACCGUCCCCGCCACCUUCUCUUCAUUUGGGCAAUUUGUUCCUCAGGUCGUUUGUAGAUGUGCCAUGGUAGCCGAGUGCUCUGUUCCAAUUGGAAAAGAAUAUAUGAUGUUAGGGGUUGUUACUUGACGUGUAACAAUAAUGGAUUGCUUCUAGGUUUACAUAAAUUUUCAAGAAAUAGACUAAGUUGGGAAAUGUAUUUGGUUUUGAUUUCAGCCAUACAUGGGAUAAGUUUUCUUCAGCUCUCUUCACUCCAGCACGCAGAGGGCCGAAUUUGUUUAGGUUCACUUCUCUACUCAAAGGCUUGAAGCUUUUUCCAAGUGUGACUUCACCAAAUGGUAUCAGCAAUAAAUUGCCCGUGAAAGAUGCAAGCCAAGUGAUAUAUAUAUGCAGUUGUAAAGCCAAACUUUGGUACAUACAUAUAUCUUAAGGACGAUCUUUUUAGGAUAUCAAUUGUACAUUUCACUUCUAAUUUAGCCAUUAUAGCAAAGAUCUUUAGCAAUGUAAUGGUCAUCAUGUUCAUAUAUUAAUGGAAGAUCGGUGUCUAUUGAUG